CGCUGAAGCGCAAGCUCGCCGGGAUCGCGGGCAGCCUGCGCCGCCAGCACAGCUCCAAGAGCGGAGCCGAGUGCUCCAGCCGAGAGCGCUCGCCCGCGCCGUCGCUCCCCACCGCGUCGACGCGGUCGGACCUCUCGGACGCCUCGCACCUGUCGGAGCUCACGGAGGACUUCCCCGAGGAGGCCCUGCCGCUGCCGCUGCCGUUCUUCGAGGACGAGGGCAUGCACCUGCGGUGGGGCGCCGCGCUGGCUGGGCGGCAGCCCUGGGAGCUGUCCGCCGAGGAGCUCCGGCCGCUCCUCGCCGGAGGCAUGCCCCUCAAGCACCGCCUGGCGCUCUGGCCCCGCUGGUUCUCGCUCCCGCCCGGCGCCGUCGGCCGCGUGGAGGAGCUCUGCGGCCAGGCCUCGGGCGCGGCGGCGGCGCAGAUCGAGCUCGACAUGCCGCGCACGCACCCGCAGUGGCCCCUGGGGGACGCGGCCCGGCACACGCUCCGGCGCGUGCUCCUCGCCUGCGCGGCGCGCUACCCGGAGGUGGGAUACUGCCAGGGCAUGGGCCACAUGGCCGCAACCCUGAUCAUCCUGGGCUUUGACGAGGACCUGGCACUCAGGGGUCUGUGCUCGCUGAUGGAGUCGUGCUGUGAGGGCUACCACGACGCUGGUCUGAGCGGCUGGCGCCAGGACGCCAACGUGCUGGGCGAGCUGGCGACACGCACUCUGUCGCCAGAGGCCCUUCGCCGACUGCAGGUGGUGGACGUGCCCCUGGAAGUCCUCGCCUCCGAGCACUUCUUGACGGUCGGGUCGCGCUCGUGGCCGCUGGAGGCUGCGCUGCGCCUCUGGGACCUGGCGCUGCUCGACGGCCCCUCGGCCGUGUUUUGCUCCUUCCUCGCUCUGCUCGAGCUGUUCCUGCCCAGCGUGCAGGGCGAGGCCGAUCUCGAGGCCGAGCCCGUCGAGCUGUUCAGGGAGAGGGCGCUUCUGGGUCUGGCCGAGAAUCCCGUCGAGGUGCUGGAGUGCACUCAGAGGAGGGGGGGAUCCAGACAACCAGGCGGGCAUCCCUCUUGA